CAGACAGACCUGUGUUCGUUUCCACUCAUUUAAUUCUUUGGCAUUCUUCAUUUAAUAUUCAUCUUCUUUAAUUCCGCAGCAGUUUCUUUCUCCUCCCUCUGCCCUCUGCAACUGCGCAAUGGCUCCGAUUAUGUCUCUUCUUCUCUUCUUCUUCCUUUUCCCAUCUACCCACUCUCUGCAGGGGCCACCGUCCCCUGGCUUCUACCCCAGCUCCAAAACCGGCUCCAUCGCAUUUAACCAAGGCUUUCGAAAUCUAUGGGGUCCUCAGCACCAAAACGUCGACCAAGCCGGCACUCUAACCGUUUGGCUCGACACAAGCUCAGGAAGCGGGUUCAAGUCAUAUGAUCCAUAUCGAUCCGGGUACUUCGGCGCUAACGUGAAGCUCCAAGGGGGUUACACCGCAGGAGUGAUCACAUCCUUUUAUCUCUCGAACAACGAAGAGCAUCCCGGGAACCACGACGAGAUUGACAUCGAAUUCCUCGGAACGACGCAGGACAAGCCAUACGUGUUGCAGACAAACGUGUAUAUUCGGGGAAGUGGCGAUGGGAACAUCAUCGGAAGGGAGAUGAGGUUUCAUCUCUGGUUCGACCCAACCCAAGAUUUCCACCACUAUGCCAUUCUGUGGAAUCCUAGUGAAAUCAUAUUCUUUGUCGAUGAUGUCCCAGUCAGGAGGUACCCAAGAAAAAGUGAUGCGACGUUUCCCCAGAGGCCUAUGUGGGUGUACGGAUCCAUUUGGGAUGCCUCCUCCUGGGCCACCGAGGAAGGAAAAUACAAGGCUGACUAUAGAUACCAACCCUUCAUCGGUAGGUAUAAGAACUUCAAACUCGGAGGCUGCAAGGCCGACGGCCCCGCCACCUGCCUGCCACCAUCCGGGUCCCCGACCGGCACCACCGGGCUGAGCCCCCAGCAGCAGGCGGCUAUGGAGUGGGUGCAAAGGAGUUACAAGGUGUAUGACUAUUGUAACGACCCGAGGAGGGACCAUACCCUAAUACCGGAGUGCUAGAGUUUGGUGAAACAUCCAGUGCAUGCGCAUUAUAUAAUUAAGCCUUGAAUUUGUGGGUGGAGGAUCUUGAGAUGUGACCAUUGUGGCGAAAGUAGUAGAUGAGCGUCCAAGCCUCCAAGAUUUGAAGGGUCGAUGAUCAUUUAAUUUAAUUUAUACUAUUUGCUGUUUGCUUGUUUGUUGGUUUUGGUGUUGGAAUAAAUUGGUAUAGAGAGUGGCGUGAGCAAAUUAAGUGUGUAUAAUGCCUAAAAGCGAGAGAGAGAGAGAGAGAGAGAGAUGACACUGGAAAUUAAGACAAGAGAUGGUGUUGUUCUCUUAAGGAGUGUCGAGUGAUGAAAUGCCAAUUGAUGAAGUCUUUGAUGUGUCUCUCUAUUUGAUUUUGCUAUUGAAAAGAAGGGCAUAAUAUAAAGAUACAUGUCGAAAUUAAUGGA